AUGCUACAGUCCCAACGACAACAACAGCAACUGCUUUUCCUACCAGACCCAGAGAGAAGAUUCGCAGCCAUAACGAACAUUCAGCAACGAUACGGAGUAUUCUGGCCCGACGCCGACAGCAAGUACGGCAGGGAGCCUAUAUUCUAUGACCAACAGACACUAUGCUACCGAGACGUAGAUCUAUGGCUCUUAGCAAUUGGAAGGAAAAUCGUUAAUCCAUACGCUCGAGACGAAGUCCUCCGAGAAUGGCAGAGCCUACUCAGAGGUAAAGCACUCAGCUGGUGGGAAUAUCACCUUAGGCCCGUGGAAAGGAACCGGUAUAGGGCCCUAGGAUGGUACGGCCUACAGAAGGGACUAAGUGCCCGCUUUGGGCCAACCCAGCUAGUUAAUUACAGCCAGCCAGCCAGCCAGCCAGACAGUUACGCCCAGCUAGUUAAUUACAGCCAGCCAGCCAGCCAGCCAGACAGUUACGCCCAGCCAGACAGUUACGCCCAGCCAGACAGUUACGCCCAGCCAGUUAAUUACAGCCAGCCUUAG